AUGGUUCCUCGGACCCAGAUUAAGCCUACUCCUGGUUCCUGCUCUAAAAAGCAUGCUCAAUGGAGAAUCAGGAAUUGGCUGGGAAAAGUCCAGGAAUAGUGUAAUUAAUUACUGUUAAUCCAUCCAUAUCUGUGACCAUUUACUUUGUGUCCGUCUACCUCUCCUAUCUCUAGAGUACAUAGAGCGCUAUGGAACCAGUCCAGUGUGGUCUGACUACAGGAGGAACCACAAAGGGGGGAUUCCCCCUCAGAAGACACGCAAGACCUGCAUUGUAGGUGUAACAGAGGUGGUUCUGUAACCUUGCCUGAGACCUGGAGACUUACGGCAGGUCUCUGAGCUAUUGCCUAGGCUUUGGGGAGUGCACAGAUGAUCAGAGGAUGUCUACCUUGAUGCUGUCUGCUUUGUAUCAGGCUAUGUAACUCCAUAUUAUUAUUAUAUUCUCCACCGGACAGACAUGUGACUGCAACCUCUAAUCACUAUUUCUGUUUAGUUUUCUUCAGAGAGGAGACAAGAUAUGUGGGAACCCCUGUCCAAUUUGUCAAGACACCAACAUCAUCCACUAUCAGGUUUGGUCUCUCACAUUUACUCAUGGAAUACACACACAAUCAUUAUGAGAGAUGGAAAAUUGUCAAAGACUUCAGCCACCCUAGUCAUAGACUGUUCUCUCUGCUACCGCACAGCAAGCGGUACCGGAGCGCCAAGUCUAGGUCCAAAAGGCUUCUCAACAGCUUCUACCCCCAAGCCAUAAGACUCCUGAACAGCUAAUCAUGGCUACCUCGACUAUUUGCACUGCCCCCCAAACCCAUCCCCCUCUUUUACGCUGCUGCUACUCUGUUUAUUAUUUAUGCAUAGCACUUUAACUCUACCCACAUGUACAUAUUACCUAAAUUACCUCGACUAGCCGGUGCCCACGUACAUUCACUCUGCACCGGUAGCCCCCCCUGUAUAUAGCCUCCCUACUGUUAUUUAAUUUUACUGCUGCUCUUUAGUUAUUAGCUUUUAUUUUUUCACUUAACACUUUUUUUAUUUUACUUAAAAAAUAAAAUAAAAUGCAUUGUUGGUUAAGGGCUUGUAAGUAAGCAUUUCACUGUAAUGUCUACACCUGUUGUAUUCGGUGCAUGUGGCAAAUACAUUUUGAUUUGAAAAUUGGAUGGCAUUACCUUUGAUUUCGUUAGGUUGAUUUAACAAGCUAUUCAAUGUUAUGUUUGUAAAGCAAUGGACCAUUGUCUUCCUGCAGAAUGUGAAGCUGCUGCAACAGUUUAUCAGUCCAUAUACAGGAUUUUGUAUGACCCAACACGGACAGGUAAGAUAUGUGUUCAAUUUAUGUAAUAUGUAUACAAUUCUAUGAAUGAAUCUGAAUCAACCAUGCUGAAUUCAGCAGGUGUUAUCUAAAUGCUUGCUGGUUUCAUCGAAAUAAGUUGUCUUUGAUUUGAUGAAUGAUUAAUUUACACAGUUGACACAACCAAGAAUCUGAGAAUCUGCCAAUAGUUGAUUUAGUGAUGAAAACAGUUCUGCAUAAAGUAACAUCUGGUUCAAGACCAACACUUUUUGUGAGGUUUGAGGUAACCAAAGUGCCACAUUUAUAUUGUUAUUCUACAUGUUUAUCCAGGAGUGUGUCAGAAACAGAAAAAACUACUCAAUCAGGCGAUUGGUGCUGCAAGAGACCAUGGUAAGUUCAGCCUCUGUGACUAAGGAGCAGAAUGUUAGAGCAGUACAGUAAUAAUGAAGAAUCAACAAUUUUUUGACCAGCGCAGUGCUUCAACAAUGCCACCAAAACAGAAACUGCAGUUCUCUACAGUACAUAUUGUACAUAUUUCCAGGGCUGCUACCCUUCCAGGUUCCUCAAGUGGACUUCUCAGGGGAGGACUAUUCCAACUCCCAUGACGCGGUGGGCUCGACCCCUCCUCCCCCCACCAUGACCCCUUGGUACCGGUGGUACUACACCAUACAGCCAGACGAGACUGAAGUGGCUAAAGUCAAGAAGACCUACAAGGCCUAUUUGAAAUAGACUAGGGCCUAUCAGAAGAGGAAUCAUGGUGAAAUAAUUUUUUUGUGUGGAUUUAAUUUGGGCUUUCUGGAAGUAGUAGAGCCCUAUGCAGAAAUCUCCCUCUGCCAUUUCCUGUUUGCUAAAAAUCUAAUAGUUUGUCUAAUUUCAGUUUGUGACAAAACAACCGCUGUGAAAUAUAUUUUCCAUAACCCAAAAUAUUGUGUUUGAAGCUGGUGUACAAAAAUGAAAGUAAAAGACAAAAUGAAUUUUAAGCACAGGACGCAUAGAAAUAGCACACAUAGAAGAGAUCUACCACUUCUUGGAGUUGCUUUCAAUGAGAAUGGCAGAUCUAUAACUCACUUCUAUGUGAAUUUGGUCAGGUAGCUUAAAGUCACAAAUUGCAGCUUUAAAACAAGUUAUAGAAUAUUGUGUAUGAUUUGUUUGUUUUCAUGGCAACAUAUAGCUUUUUUUUAUUGAUUUUGGGAGUGUGGGAGGGUAGCAGUUACAAUCUUGAUAAAACAUCACUGAUUCAUUCCAGCCUCUUCUCCUUACAGGCAACAACUAAAAAUCUAAUUUUGUCACAAGCUUUGCAAACAGGUGUAGGUAGACUAACAGUUAAAUGCUUUGUACGGGCCCUUCCCAACAAUGCAGAGAAAAAUUGAAAAAAAGAACAAGGAAGAAAUAGGAGUAACAUUAAUUUAGCAAUUUCCACGGGGUACCAGUACCAAGUCGAUAUGCAGAGGUACAAGGUAAUUGAAGUAGAUAAGUGUAUAUAUAGGUAGAGGUAAAGUGACUAGGCAACAGGACUUAUCAGCUCAUGAACAGAACAUGCUACUAUAUUUACAUUUUAGUCAUUUAGCAGACGCUCUUAUCCAGAGCGACUUACAGUUAGUGAGUGCAUACAUUUUUUAUUUUUCAUACUGGCCCCCCCGUGGGAAUCGAACCCACAACCCUGGUGUUGCAAACGCCAUGCUCUACCAACUGAGCUACAUCCCUGCUGGCCAUUCCCUCCCCUACCCUGGACGACGCUGGGCCAAUUGUGCGCCGCCCCAUGGGUCUCCCGGUCACGGCCAGCUACGACAGAGCCUGGAUUCGAACCAGGAUCUCUAGUGGCACAGCUAGCACUGCGAUGCAGUGCCUUAGACCACUGGACGUCCAUGAGAUAAAUCUGUCAAAUAAUCUGUUCUAUGCUCAUUGUUUAGUAUUCAGAGACAAGUUGUACAAUAAAGACAUUGUAAGAUGCAAAAUCCAUUUAUUGAAUUGCCUUAUCUGUAGUAAAUACUUGAUCAUACAGGUAUCAACAUGUUUAUUUCAAGUUAAUAAGAGCUUGGUUUAUACAUGUACGAAUCCGGUGGUAAUGUAUUGCCAUUAUAAACACUUCAUCAUAUUGCCCUUUCUUUCUGUCCCAUGGGUGAGACAUGCCCACUUGUCCAGUCAAAUUCUGAAUUCCAAAUCACCACCUUUGCCCUAUCUUUUCAGAUCUACAGGUGUGUAGGGGGGCAAGGUGGCAAAUUGGACUUUUAAAAAAUGUAUGCAUCUCAUAGGCUGACAGGAUAAUGUCAUACAACAGGGGUGUGUCUCAAUAGUUAGCGUGGCUUCCUCUCCACACCUUUCUUCAAUCAAACUGAUUUGGGAGACAGACUUCAGCCAUGAGCUUUAUUCAAAUAAGUGCUGAACGAUCAGGAGCGGAGACAAGGAAGCCACCUUAGACUAUCGAGAUGCACCCCAGCACUGAGCUGAUGACAUGGCCAGCUUCAGCAGUAGGUUAUAUAGCAUUACAUCUCCUCCUGGGGUCCGUUCGAAAUGGCACCCUCUUCCCUACAUAGUGCCGUACAUUUGACCAGGGCCAAUAGUGCUCUGGUGAAAAAUUGCACACUAUAGGGAAUAGAGUGCCAACAGAGCCCUGGUUCUGCAGUAGGUAGGUCACUCCAUGACCUUGUGGACCAGGGUCUCCCCCAGUGAUUCCAGGUCCUCCUGUUAGUAGUCCUGGAAGUCCCCGCCUAUCUGGCUUUACACCACUCCAGCCUACGCUUGGCAUUGCGCAUGGUGAUCUUAGGCUUGUGUGUGGCUGUUUGGCCAUGGAAACCCAUUUCAUGAAGCUCCAGACAAACAGUUAUUGUGCGGACGUUGCUGUCAGAAGCAGGUUGGAACUCGGUAGUGUGUGUUGCACGAGGACAGAAUUUUUUGCCGCUACAGCACUUGCCGGUCCCGUUCUGUGAGCUUGUGUGGCUUACCACUUCGCGGCUCUGCCGUUGUUGCUCCUAGACGUUUCCACUCCACAAUAACAGCACUUACAGUUGACCUGGGCAGCUCUAGCUGAGCAGAAAUUUGACUUACUGACUUGUUGGAAAGGUGGCAUCCUAUGACGGUGCCACGUUGAAAGUCACUGAGCUCUUCAGUACAGGCCAUUCUACUGCCAAUGUUUGGGCGAGGUUGUGGCAGCUAAAAGAUAGCUAUUCCUUCUGGAACAAACUGGAGGCAAAACUAGUAGUAAAACGUCAAUUUGUUGAAAAGUGUUUUUAUUUAAUGUUCAAAGUCCUCGACGGCCACUCUUCAGAGACAAAAUACCUGAAAAAAAGAGCACACAAAACGAAAAACAUUUAAAGUUACAUUCACUUACUUUCUUAGUGCGCUCAUACACACCUGUAUCUUAAAAUAGCUUUCUUAUGAUGGAUUAUGGUUAAAAUGAAUAAUUGCGCAGUCGUUUUCGAAAAUAAAUAAAUAAAUUACAGCAUUUCUUUCGACGUUACUCACCGCAGAACAAAUCCAGGAAUGUGCUGGAAAGGGGAGGGGCUUGAUAUUUAUACCCUGUGACGUUUUUGACGUCUUACGAGUGUUCUACCAUACAUUUUCUGGGAUUUUCAUGGUAACAAAAUUGAGUUUUUGGUGACGCGCAGUUGUAGACCGACCUUCAUCAAAGAGUUUUCUAUCUGUGCCUUCAUUGUCCAUUAGGACAGAAAGAUGUCGCUGCACGUUUUGUACAUUCUCUUUUAAAUUUAAAUCACACCCCAAGUCUAUUGUUGCUUAUCUAAACACAUUUGAAUGAGUAUUAGUUCUAACUCACAAAAUAUGGUGCUCGUACUGAGGUAUAAUAUCACAUUUGGGUGUAAUUUCGAUUGUAAUAUUUUUACAAAAUGGCUGCGGUGGAGUCGAGCAUGCUGCCUGGCACACUCGCGGACACUAUCAAAACCUUGCGUUUAAUUUAAAAUGAUGAAAUUAAUAAUGUACUAAAAUUCAUAAAAUAAAUGAAUUGAAGUCCAAAAGGAGAGUUUAGCCAUGCACCAAAAAAAAUAAUGUGCUACUUCCCCUUUCACCUGUAAACUUUCAACCCUCAGUUGUGAAAGGCAAAAUGGCAGCGUCCAUACCAAGCGUUGGAAGGAUUUUAUGCCGUGUGUCUCCUUUACUUUUACAGAAUAUUCGGCAGAAUAAGGUAUUUCACAAUUAUUUUCUAUAGUGCAUCAUAUAAGCAAAAGCUAGGACUUCUGAUGUACACAUUCAACUACGUUACACAGAUAGUCAUAUCACGAAACAGUGACGGAGCUAACGUUACCGCCGGCUAAUAAACACCACUAGCCAGUUGCAGCUAGCAACAUAGCGAACUACAUACCGGUACUCGACUUUGUGCACUGUACAUCAUCCACUGCAAGCCCAGUAAUAUGUUUCACAUAUAACCAUAGUAUAUGCAAACUUAUCAGCAUCAUUGGCUUGUGUACAGUACAGUACACUGUAUUUGCAAGUUUUACACUUGAUGACUUGACUGACAGUCACUGUAUUUGUUUGGUUUCUAGCUUCCAAAGAGGUUACCUGUCAGGCUUUGGACCCAGGCUGUGUUUCCAAGUGUGAAGUCCAGCCUCUCUCUGUGCACUGCAGCCUCACCUGAGAUCCCCAGUGAUGCUGCUGAGGCAGUGGAGGCUCUUGCCCGCUACAAGGACAGACCAUGGGACUACCUGGAGAGCGAAGGUAUGGAGAUUAGAGAUUGUAUGUAUUUUCUAUGCACUCUGCUGUUUUCUAAGGGAUGGUUCCUCGGACCCAGAUUAAGCCUACUCCAGGUUCCUGCUCUAAAAGGCAUGCUCAAUGGAUAAUCAGGAAUUGUCUGGGAAAAGUCCAGGAAUAGUGUAAUUAAUUACUGUUAAUCCAUCCAUAUCUGUGACCAUUUACUUUGUGUCCGUCUACCUCUCCUAUCUCUAGAGUACAUAGAGCGCUAUGGAACCAGUCCAGUGUGGUCUGACUACAGGAGGAACCACAAAGGGGGGAUUCCCCCUCAGAAGACACGCAAGACCUGCAUUGUAGGUGUAACAGAGGUGGUUCUGUAACCUUGCCUGAGACCUGGAGACUUGCGGCAGGUCUCUGAGCUAUUGCCUAGGCUUUGGGGAGUGCACAGAUGAUCAGAGGAUGUCUACCUUGAUGCUGUCUGCUUUGUAUUAGGCUAUGUAACUCCAUAUUAUUAUUAUAUUCUCCACCGGACAGACAUGUGACUGCAACCUCUAAUCACUAUUUCUGUUUUGUUUUCUUCAGAGAGGAGACAAGAUAUGUGGGAACCCCUGUCCAAUUUGUCGAGACACCAACAUCAUCAUCCACUAUCAGGUUUGGUCUCUCACAUUUACUCAUGGAAUACACACACAGCCAUUAUGAGAGAUGGAAAAUUGGAUGGCAUUACCUUUGAUUUCGUUAAGUUGAUUUAACAAGCUAUUCAAUGUUAUGUUUGUAAAGCAAUGGACCAUUGUCUUCCUGCAGAAUGUGAAGCUGCUGCAACAGUUUAUCAGUCCAUAUACAGGCAUUUUGUAUGACCCCACACGGACAGGUAAGAUAUUAGUUCAAUAUAUGUAUACAAUUCUAUGAAUGAAUCUGAAUCAACCAUGCUGAAUUCAGCAGGUGUUAUCUAAAUGCUUGCUGGUUUAAUAAAUGCUUGCUGGUUUAAUAUGUUUCAUCGAAAUAAGUUGUCUUUGAUUUGAUGAAUGAUUAAUUUACACAGUUGACACAACCAAGAAUCUGAGAAUCUGCCAAUAGUUGUUUUAGUGAUAAACAGUUCUGCAUAAAGUAACAUCUGGUUCAAGACCAACACUUUUUGUGAGGUUUGAGGUAACCAAAGUGCCACAUUUAUAUUGUUAUUCUAAAUUUUUAUCCAGGAGUGUGUCAGAAACAGCAAAAACAACUCAAUCAGGCGAUUGGCGCUGCAAGAGACCAUGGUAAGUUCAGCCUCUGUAACUAA